UGCCUUCCUGACGUCCAGGCCCCUGGAAUAUAAGUCCUGGCCAGAAUGUGCAUUGACUGGCAGCUCAUCAAGAGGACACAGAGAUUAUUAAUUUAUUUCAAACCUCCCGGGACGUGGCGGCCUGCAGUCCGCUGCUGAAGUGGGGAUAAGAUACAGAAUUUCUGUACUGAAAUUCGCUAAUUUGCAAUGAAAGAUUAGGUUUUGUCCUGAAGAACCCACCAUACAGCGGUAGCUGAAGUGUGUGUGUUGAUGCAAGGGUGAAAUAGUAUGAUUCUGUCUGGGUAUAAAUGGUGAGAAGACUUAGCCCGGUUGGGGGAUUAGAGGAGAAGGGGGCGGGGAGCAUGCAUGAUCUGUCAAGAGCUUAGUUCCACAGUUAUCCCUACGGCAGCAGCAGCAGCCGCCACGGUGAUGGCAGAGGCUGUGUUUUCAUUAGUGUAAUAUUCAGAGAAGCUCCACAAUUAUGUAAGAGUGACGUGCUGUCGUCCUCUCUCGGCCGGCCCACUGCCUGGCAGAAACGUGGCCGUUUUCCUUUGAUCCUCCAUCGCUGGGAAAAGCCAAAAGGACAUCUGUCAAGAGUGCGCGGUCGGGGACGGCACUUGUAGUAGUCACGCCACAGCAACCGUGCUGCUUUGGGGCUUGUUGGCAUGGAGAGACUGAUGUGCUGAUGCGGCAGGGAAGAGUUUGGAGUCUCUUUGCAAGGCAGAAGAGAUGAGCAAGCAUUUGGAGAUGCUUGAGGUCUUUGUUGGAAAAUGGGAGAAGGGUAAAUGUAGUGUAGCAUCAGUGCGAUCCGUGUGAUGCCUCUUGCGUCGGAGGAGUAUUACAGUAGAAGAUGAAGUUCAAGAAGUUCAUUACGAUUAUGCAGGCAGCAAUGGGGGUUGUACCCCUAAACAAACGAGAGCUUCUGCCACCAGGCAGGAAACUAUGGAGACCCCCUGGAGACCAGCCUGGAACUGACCAGACAUCUGCACUUUUUAAGUCCAGCCGCAAGUUCUGCUGGUCCCGAGAAGCCCAGUACUUGUAUCUUCGCCGCCUCUCUUCACGCAGCUACUCUGCUAUCAUGAUGAACCCGGUCAUGGAGGAGACUGUGUGGGAGCAGUACACAGUAACCCUGCAGAGGGAUCCAAAGAUGGGCUUUGGAAUCGCAGUGUCAGGAGGGCGGGACAACCCAAACGAGGAGAGUGGCGAGACAUCCAUCGUCGUGUCUGACGUCCUACAAGGAGGACCAGCUGAUGGCUUGUUAUUUGAAAAUGACAGGGUGGUGCAAGUGAAUGCCAUCCCCAUGGAGGGGGUCAUCCACUCCUUUGCCGUCCAAACCCUCAGAAAGUGUGGCAAAGUGGCGAAAAUUACAGUCAAGCGGUCGAGGAAGGUUCCUGUGAAUCUUCUGAAUCGUCCCGGAUCACCUGAUGAUAGGGUCUUUAACAACGACUACACUGAAGAUUACAACUACGACCAGGACCGCCGCAGUGUGUACAGUGGCAGGCAGGACCAUAGCCUGGAGAGGGAAAGGGGUGGCUACAUGGAUUCUGGCUACCAAACACGUGAGCGUGAUUACGACAGAGACUAUGACCGACACGAACGAGGCAGGAGUACGGAGAGAGACUUGAGCCCGGACCAGCAGUACAGGAGAGAUGGUAGCAGAGGUCGUACGUUGGACAGAGAACGUAGCCCUGAUCGCCAUCACAGGAGUGAGCAUGCACUCAACCGUGAUUACAGCCCAGACAGAAGGUACCGAAGCGAACGUAUGUUAGACCGAGAUCACAGUCCCGAUCGGCGAUAUCGCAGCGAGCGAGCCCUCAACCGUGACUACAGCCCAGACCGACGCUAUCGUAGCGAGCGCGUGCUCGACCGCACCAACAGCCCUGACCUGAGCUACAGACGGGACAGUCAUAGCCCGGGACGCAACCGUGGACGUGACCACAGCUUCGAGCGAGGACGGGAUCGAGUGACGAGCGACACAAGAAAAUAUGAUGAGCCGUUGAAGCGAGGUGGUAGCAGGGACCACUUGGAUCGCUCGCCUUCACCUGCCGCUAUGCCCAUCCCGAUGCCACGCCACACCAGAGAACUGGAACCACUGGAGAAACCUCUGAAUGUGCUGCUGCUCAAGAACCGGCCAAACGAAGAGUACGGCCUUCGCCUGGGCAGUCAGCUCUUUAUCAAAGAGAUGACCAGCACAGGACUUGCCAGCAGAGACGGAAACCUACAGGAAGGGGACAUCAUUCUCAAGAUCAACGGUACAGUGACUGAAAAUUUGUCUCUGAGCGACGCAGGGAAGCUCAUUGAGAAGUCGCGUGGGAAGCUGCAGCUGGUGGUUCAGAGAGACAGGCAGCAAGUGCUGAUCCGAGUCCCCCCGAUGGUCGACAGCGACUCAGAGCUUGAUGAUAUCUCUGAGAUUGAGUCCUACCGCUCCUACUCCCCACAAGAUGACAGACGGGGCCAUCAUUCAGACCUUUCCUCUCAUUCCUCCAAUGAGAGGCUCAGAGAGAAGCCCAGAGAAGACCCACCAAACAGGCUGGCUAAAAUGGGCGCCAUGCCGACCCCCUUUCGAGGUCAUGACAGAACUGUGGAAGAUGCACCGCCAUUGCCUGCUGAGAGGGAGGAGCCACGGCCACAAACACCACCAACGGUAGCCGUUGCACCGAAGGUUCACGCUCCUCCAAGGGUGCCACUAAAGCCAAGCAUAGAGGACCAGGAAGUGUACGGGCCGAACACGGUGAUGGUGCGUUUUCAGAAAGGUGACAGCGUUGGGAUGAGGCUUGCGGGAGGAAAUGAUGUUGGCAUCUUCAUUGCUGGGGUUCAGGAAGAUAGUGCAGCUGAACAGGAAGGUCUCCACACAGGAGAUCAAAUUGUAAAGGUGAACAACAUGGACUUUAGGGGUAUGGUUCGUGAGGAUGCAGUCCUUUACCUACUGGAGAUUCCCAAGGGUGAAGAUGUGACCAUUCUUGCUCAGAGCAAACCUGAAGUUUACAAAGACAUUUUGGCCUCUGGCAGAGGUGACUCUUUCUUCAUCAGGACCCACUUUGAGUAUGAAAAAGAAGUACCUCAGAGUCUUCCUUUCGCCAGAGGAGAAAUUUUCAAAGUUACAGACACGCUAUAUGAUGGCAAGCUGGGCAACUGGUUGGCAGUCCGUACAAACAAAGAAAACCAGCUGCUGGAGAAAGGCAUCAUUCCCAAUAAGAGCAGAGCAGAGCAAAUGGCCAACGUCCAAAAUGCUGCACGAGCUGCAGCGGGCAAUGACAGAGGAGACUUCUGGAGGUUGCGAGGACAAAGAGCAGCAAAGAAAAAAGAUCUUCGCAAGAGUCGAGAGGAUCUGAGUGCAACUCCAGUUGCCACGCGAUUCCCAGCCUAUGAGAGAGUGGUCUUGCGUGAAGCUGGUUUCAAGAGACCUGUGGUGAUUUUUGGGCCCAUAUCUGAUGCUGUGAAUGAAAAACUGGCCACCGACAUGCCAAAUGAGUUUACUGUUGCGAAAACUGAGCCAAAGGAUGCAGGAAGCGAGAAAUCUUCCGGAGUGGUGCGAUUGAACACAAUCCGACAAAUCAUUGAACAGGAAAGUCAUGCACUGUUGGAUGUGACGCCUAAAGCUGUUGACACCCUGAAUUACACCCAGUGGUAUCCCAUAGUCAUUUUCCUCAACCCUGACAGCAAGCAGGGAGUCAAGACUAUGAGAAACCGCCUCCUGCCUGGAUCCAACCGCAGUGCACGCAAACUUUACGAGCAGGCGGUCAAGUUGAGGAAAACCUGCUCACACCUUUUCACUGACACUGUUGACCUCAACUCAGCCAAUGACGCUUGGUAUGGCAGCGUGAAAGAUUCCAUUCGAGAGCAGCAGGACAGAGCUGUGUGGGUGUGUGAGGGCAAGUUGGAUGGUUCAGAGGAGGAUCUGGAUCUCCAUGAUGACCGCAUGUCAUACCUAUCAACAAUGAGCGCAGACUACCUGAGCAUGGACAGCCGACUGACCAGCGACUACGACGACACAGCUGAUGAAGGCGGGGCUUACACAGACAACGAGCUGGAUGAGCCACUGGACGAGCCUCAGCCUGUGUCAGCCAUCAGUCGUUCAUCAGAGCCCGUCCUACCUGACGAGAAGCCCCAUCCUGAACCCCGGGUGCGUAUGAGAAGGUCAGGCAGCAGAGAGGCGCUGAACAGAGAGCCCAGUCCUCCCCCUGCUUUUGUCCCUGAACCUCCAAAGGUACGCGCUCAGACCCUGACUGACACAUCACGUAGCUACGACUCGCACUCCAGCAGCACCAUCAGCAGUGAUGCAGCGGGCGUUAGCAAGCCACCACCUCCCCCUCCGGUGGCCCUAAAGCCCACUAUCGCCCGCCUCAGCCAAACAUCAGAAGAGCAGAGUCCAGAGAAGGAGGAGGAUGACCCUGCCAACAAAUCCUUCCUGGGCAAGCAAACAAGGGAGCAGAUUAAAGCCUUCGAGAAGAUGGACCACCUGGCACGAGCUCAGAGGAUCCUCGAACUGCAGGAGGCGGAAAGCGCCCGAUUGGAAAUCGCCCAGAAGCAUCCGGACAUCUACGCCAUCCCGAUAAAGUUGCCCAAACCCAAUCUCAACCGUCCUCAGCCAAUAGGUUCCAGCUCCAACCCUGAGCCACAGACUCCAUCCAGGCAGCAUUACCCUGAGAGCAGAGGGCAUGAAGAAGACGAGGCAGAGUACCGCAGACAGCUGGCUGACAGCAACAAGAGAGGAUACUACAACCCCCAGAAAUACAAAGACACUGAGUUGUAGUAUUUUUUUUUUUAAACCCCGAUUAUGACACACUGAUGAACUGCACUGCACAUUUUCUUUUGUGUGAGUGUUCUACAUCAUCUUUGUUCAAUCCACACAACCUGUCCUAACUACAAACGUACUGUAUUCAUUGCUUCUCUAUGUAUGUAUAUAUUACUUUUUAAUCUCAUGUAAACAUUGUUUAGUGAACAGUCAAGCAUCUUUUGUAGAAGAAACUAACCUGGUGAUCUUUGCGGGGUUGUUGUCUCCUAGCGGGACAAGAAAUCAUGUUACCCUCUGUCCCCUCUUGUAGUGUGGAUGCCUUUUCUCUCUUUGUGCUUGUUUUUUUUUUUAUAGAAAAAGUAAAUAUAUAUAUUUUGUAU